CCGUUACCAGCAUUCAUUGGAGAACUAACUGCUCUGGAAUCCAUGACUGUCGGCAUCAAUGCAUUAUCUGGACCUAUCCCAAAGGAGCUUGGAAAUCUUGUCAAUCUCGUAUCACUGGCAUUGGGCUCAAACAAUUUUAACGGCACACUUCCUGAUGAGCUGGGCAAAUUGACAAAACUUAGACAAAUAUACAUUGAUAGUAAUGACUUCAGUGGUCCUCUACCAUCGACAUUGUCACAACUGAAGAACCUCUCAGUCUUGUGGGCAUCAGACCAUAAUUUCACUGGGGAGAUACUUGAUUAUCUCGGGAGCUUGACUAACUUGACUGAACUUUAUACUACUGCCCAGAAUGACAUCUUGGUGGCGGGCCGGUUGCUGCGGUGGGUUGGGCCGGAAGGCCGGCCUGGCUGGAAAGAGGAGCCUGCUGAUGGCUUGGGCCGGAGCGGCCUGAGAAGGUAA